CAGGAAAUGGCUAGUCCAAGGACAAGACGUGUUUUACAAGAGCUUAAACCUCAAGAUGAUAAUUCGAAAUGCUUUGAAUGCGGUACCCAUAAUCCUCAAUGGGUUUCCGUUACCUAUGGCAUUUGGAUAUGUCUCGAGUGUUCCGGCAAACAUCGUGGCCUUGGUGUGCAUUUAUCUUUUGUACGUUCCGUAACUAUGGACAAAUGGAAAGACAUCGAAUUGGAAAAAAUGAAAGUUGGUGGCAAUCGUAAUGCUCGCGAAUUUCUAGAAGAUCAAGAUGAUUGGAAUGACCGUGCCCCAAUAAGUCAAAAAUAUAAUUCAAAAGCUGCUGCAUUAUAUCGCGAUAAAAUUUCUACGCUGGCCCAAGGCAAGCCGUGGGACAUUAAUGAGGCGAAGAAACGUUUAUCAGCGGCAGGUGGUGGCGGUUCAUCAUCCUAUGCAGCAUCAUCCAGUUCAAGCAGUAACAAUUCACAUUCCAGAAAUAGUGGCAAUUAUCAACAGGGUUCCAGUGCCGGCUAUCAAAAUGGUGGCAGUGGUAGUUAUAAUGCUGAAAGUUAUCAACAAUUCAAUAGCCAAGAAUUUAGGGAUCAAAAAGAAGAAUUCUUUUCACGUAAACAAAUGGAAAAUGCAACAAGACCUGACAAUCUACCACCCAGCCAGGGAGGCAAAUAUAGCGGAUUUGGCUAUUCUCGUGAACCACCACCGAAGACUCAAUCUCAAGAGCUUAUCGAUACAACAUUGUCAUCGUUGGCUUCGGGUUGGAGUUUGUUAUCAGCCGGGGCAUCCAAAUUUGCCAAUAUUGCAAAGGAGAAGGCAGCUGUAACUGCCAGUAUAGCAUCAUCAAAGCUUAAAGAUGGUGGUAUAUUAGAAUCUGUUACUGAUGUAGCUACCAAGGUUACUGACAUUGGUAAACGUGGUUGGAAUAACUUAUCUGGCAGCAACUUUGCUUCACCAACCAGUGAGCAUGGCGGGUAUGGUGAUUUCAACAAUGAUAAUGCCUAUCAACGUUCAAAUUCUGUUGGUGGCAAUCUUUCGUCCGGCAUGGGUCAUCAAUCAAACGCCAACGAUGAUUGGGGCUGGCAAGACAGUCCUCAAAAGCCAUUGCCAUCUUCUAAAUCGUACAACAAUCAAUUCAGCAGUAGUUCAGGCGGUGCUGGCACCCAAAACUUUUCAUCGUCCAAUCGUAAUAAUGAUGAUGAUGACUGGUCCGGUUUUGAUAGCUAUCAAGAUUCAUCAACAUCGUAUCAAAAUUCCACAACAGCGACGAGUAGAAAUAUGAAAUUAGCAUCGACGUCGUCAACCGUAACCACGCAAAAAUUAAGUGAAGGUUUCGAUAGUUUGGAUGUUAAAAGUGCAAAACCCAAAACAACAUCAUCGUCCAAUAAUAAUAAAUCGGCUGAGGAUGAUGCCUGGAAUUUAUUAAUGAAUUAA